AUGCGAGGAUACUACACACUAGACACCAGGAUCGUCGGCCCAGCCUCGGUGGAUUCUGGGGGGCGCCUGUAUCCGGCGGACCCACACCCUGGCCUACCGCUACUAGCGUUAGGGUCGUUGAGGCACUGUCGGAACAAACUGAUCGACAGGCAGGUGUACCUAUCGGGUGGGUCAGAAUGUGGAGGGCUAACUAUGGCAAUCUUUAUUUAUAAUGAUUGUGCUUGA